ACACACACACAAUCAUAUUGGUAGUAAUCCCCAUCAGGAAAUCUUAAACUGAUUGAUAUUUAAAGUGUUAUCAUCUCAGGUGGAAGCUCCCAUCAAGAACACAUUUAUACAACAAUUGCAUUUUUUUCCUUUCUCUUUCUUUUCCGCAAACCUGCUAGCCAGCUUUCUUUUUUCUCUAUUCAGUGCCUUCCUCUUCUCCCCCCACUCCCCUCAUUACUCAGCCCCAAUUUGUACACACACUCUGUCCUGCCCCACCCCCACCCCCAUCUCUAGUGGUGUGAAAAUAGAAAAGCAUCUGAGUAUCUGGGCAGCCUAUCAGUUUGCUAAGGUUCAUUUUAGCUAAUCCAGACAUCCCGCACAGCAGGGGGAAAACUGCUGUAUCUAGUGAAACAAGAGCAUGAAUAAUUAAAACUCUGUUAUUAAUGAACUUCCAGUCGUUAUGUAAAUGAAACUGAUUUCAAGUCUAAUUUGUCAGCCUGAAUUCUUUUUCUGUUCUCCCUUUGUCUAGGACAAGAACUCAUCAUAAUGGACUUGAUAAUAAAACACUAGUAGACAAGCUGUGUGCAGUGCCCAUCUGAGUUAGAGCUUUUAGCCUGCUUAAUUGAUACAGUUACUCCAGAACAAGUCUAUAAGGCAUUUUGUAUGGCUCUACGUUUAAAAGCCGCUCUUUUUCCCUUUGACAGAGCUGCCUAUUAUUCGCACAUACCUCAUUAUCAUUUACCUUUACACGAGGGGUGGCAUAUAAUUACUGCCUAGUAAAUAGUUUCUUUUGCAAUAUCCAUGAUGUUCAAAGACAGCAGAGUUCAAAAAGGUCCAGGGGAAGGGAAGUCUGUAGUCUUCGGAGAAUAACAAAUAGCCACCAGGGAGAGAAAAUAAAAGGAAAGAAAAAGGAAUACUUGACAAAGCUCGAGACCAUUAAGUACCAGUGGCCCAGUGUUCCACCGUCAAGUGUCACUCACGCUAUUGGUGGCUUUGUCCAAGUGAUACCCCGAUGUCUGUGGCUACAUAUUUCAGCGGCAUUGUUUAGGUCCACCGUAUUGUUUGUGAAACCGUUCACUAUUAGGGUGACAGCUUCAAAUUCUACGAUCUGACUUCCUGGAGUUACAAAUAUUUUACACAACAUAAAAGCAAUCAUUAUUUUGACAGAGAGCUACCGGGCAGUGUCGACUCACUGAGAAUUUCCUGAGCCAGAGUCUUUACGUUCGAAUUUGGAAAAUGCUCCCAUACUAUUUUUAGGGAAAUGUGUAAGUUAGAUAUCAGAAUUAUAGUUUGGAUAAUUGGCAGCUGAGUUUAUUUCUAUAAGGCACUGUGUAAGCAGGAUAACAAACAUGAACUCCUAUUUUGUAUACCCGUUCCGCUAAAAUAAUCAGUUUGGGUCCAUGUUUAGAAGGAGGGAAAAAUUCAUUCUAAAAAAUCCUAAAUUUUUAAGCUGCAGAUGCUAACUGCUACCAUGAUUCUUGCUAAUCCAGUAGAUUUUUCAUUAAUGGAAUCCUAGUUCACAAGAAUAUGAAGAACUCAAAAACUUCUUUAGUCCCCCCAGAUAUUGACGUCCUAGCUCCUAGCGAGUUUUGCAUGCCCAAACCAACAUCUGCUGCUCUUUGGCACUGGUGAAAUUAGAGAAGUAUUGAAGGCAUUGUUUACUUCUGCUAUCUUCUGUUAUUUUGUAACAUUGCUUUGUGUAUAUACCAAAGAAUAAAUAUUAUCCUAAUUGCUUUUGUCCAAACAAAGAAAAAAUGGACAUCUCAGCAUCUGCCCAAAUGAUGUAAUCAGUCCUUCAGGAAUCAGAAACUCACAACACACAUUUUCAGUUCCCUAAAAUAUGCCAGACACAGGGCUAAGCAAUGGAAUAAAAAAUAUGAAAAGGGAACAAUUGUUUUUAAAAAGGAGGAGAAAAGUAAGUUAACCCAUAUUCAUUACCUGUUGUGAAAGGUCAUAUAGAUAUACACACGCACAUAUAUAUAAUAGUAUGUAUAUAUGCGGUAUGUAUAUAUAUAUGGUAUGUAUACAUAGGUAUAUAUGUAUACAUAUGAAUAUAUAGUGUAUAAAGAAUGUGUUAAUUGUCAGAGAAACCAAAAGUAAUUUAAUUCCCUAGGAAGCCAGGAAACACGAUGCUUCAGAGAAUAACGUUCUCUCUACUUAGUCUAGUCUCAAAAUUUUAUCUAGUCCGAGCUGCUGUCAGUGUUGUCCAAUGCAAGGUCUGGUGUCAUUUGAUUCCUUUUCUUCUAGAUGCAUUAUAUAGCAAACUAUGCCUCAAUUUUCCAGCCAGCAAAAGGCAUACAGUUAUUCCAAAACAUGUCUGAUCUUCACAAUGUCAAAAUAUAAGUCGAUGGUGCCCUGCAAUUUCACAGGGACAUGGCUAGACCUGUGUCAUCACAAUAGGAAUGGCACAAUUUAAGGUCUGAUGUCACCCAGCUUCACCCUGCUCAAGGGACUGUCCCACAACAUAGGGCAGGCUUGCUUCGGGGCAAUCUUGUUCCCAUUGUAUUUAUUUAUUUAUUUGAAAUAAAUAAGUUUAUUUAUUUAUUUAUUUAUUUCAAAUAAAUAAAUAAAUAAUUUCAUCAUUUUGGGCCUGGCUAAAACCACUGCUCACUUUGAAAUCUUGAUAAACCUUGAAAUUCCUCUGAGCCCAUCUAAACCUAAAUGAGUACCUACUUGAAAAGACAGGAGCAACCCAGUGAUGAGCACAAGAUGUGGGAUGACAUACGACAUGCGAGAGCGCACACGCAUGCACAUGGGCACACACACGUCUCUGCCGGCUUCCAAUGGGUAAUACGGCUCAGGGGGCUAGCAACUGUAUUCCUCCCUAGCAAACUCCAGAAGAUGUCAUAAAAAUACGUAAUCUGGAAUUAAAGUCAAUUAAAGUACGUUGCUUCUUCGGAAAGUUAAAAGGAAAACACACAUAAGUAAUAGAAAUCAAUUAUUGUAUAUUCCCAGGCCUAUUCUUAUAAGCCGGAGAGGUAAUCAAUCACUCUAGAGAUUUCUACAAGGUAAUUACUGUUUAUUCUUUAAUGAUACUACCGUCUUCCUCUUCUUUCUUCACACCAGCCCCCUGCAGCUGCCACCUCACAGAAAGCAAAUAAGCUGCAGUUAAAAAAAAAAAAAAAAAAAAGAGGGAGAGAGAGAGGCUGAAAGAAAGUUGGUGUUCUGCAUAAUGUGGACAAUAAGCCUGCCGAAACUUCAUCCCUCUCUGUGACCCGAGGCUGCAAUACUUUAUGGCCCACGCUGUAUGUACACAUCAUAACUGCUUUUUAGUAAUAAAUGUGGCCGUGGCUUUUGAGAGAACACUGCUGCACAGGGAGAAUUAAUGGGAAAUAUCCUUCUUGUGGAUGUCUAGUCACUCCAAAGAACAAGAUGUCAAAAUAAUAAGCAGCUGAAUAAGAACGUGGACCAAUUAAGAAUUUAAAAACAACUAGCAUCCAACUGAGACUCUUUCCCCCUCUCUAAAAAGGAGAGGGGGCACCUGGGUGGCUCAGUCAUUAAGCGUCUGCCUUCGGCUCGGUUCAUGAUCCCAGGUUUCUGGGAUCGAGUCCCGCAUCCGGCUCCCUGCUCAGUGGGCAGCCUGCUUCUCCCUUGCCCACUCUCCCUGCUUGUGUUCCCUCUCUCCCCAUGUCUCCCUCUGUCAAAUAAAUAAAUACAACCUUAAAAAAUAAAGAGUGGAAGAAAUAAGGAGUAAAAAUAAAUGCUUCUGCUCUUAUCAAGGGCCAGAAGCUCUAACCAAGAGGUUUCCCAGUGCUUCAGUCAGAGCUAGGCUAAUGAAUAUAAGUUACCUUUGCUGGUUUUAGCUGACUUUGAAAUUAAAGUUCCAAACCCUUGCAUGCAGGGAGAGCUGGAUUUGAGCAAAAUGGACUUAAUAAACUCCAUUGUGCGGUUAGAUGCCUAGUGAGAUUUCCUGCCCAUCCAUGACCAAUCGGUAUUAUUUUUCAGUGACUGGUACUUUUGUGAGCAAGAUUGGGGUUUCUGGGAGUGAUUAGCACUUUUCACCAUUGAUUGACAGGUUCAAACAGAAAUGAGACAAUAGGAGGAGUCAUUAGGAAUUCAAAUGUAAGGUUAGUGUUUGCAGGCUUUGCAAUUGAUUUUAAUAGGAAAAAAAAAAAAAAAAAAAAAACCCUGUAUGUAAGGAAAGGAAUUAAUGUUUGAAAUGUUAACUUAGGAAGUAUAAAUCAAUCUGUUCAAUUUCAAAAAAAAUUCAGAACUGAAAUUAAUAAAAAGGAGAAGAUGAAUUCAGAACUGAAAUUAAUAAAAAGGAGAAAAUGAAAUAGCAAUAUUAUAUUUUAGGCAUUCUUUCUAGAAAUGUCUUAUGUCAACCACAGAUACAUUUAGUUUUUUGCUGUGGAUAUUUAAGACCCAAAAUCUAAAAUCUUAGAGACAUUCACAGUAGCAAAGGUUUAGAUUUGGUUUUCUCAUACAUGAAAAAUCUUGUAGGAAAAAAACAAAAACUGUUUUGCUAAGAAAAGAAAAGUGAUGAAGCUCUCCAUUAUAUCCAGGGAGGAUUCCUCAGGGAAAUAAUUACAGUGAAUGAUUCUAGCAUUGACCAGUAAUUGAUAAUUGGCCACAAAUAAUUAGGGUAGAAUAUCUUUACUGGUGUAAAUUAUGCUAAUAGCUCAGCCUUGUCCCUAGAUGCUGAUGUUGGUUUCUUAUAAGUAAUUUUGUUUUAAAUUCACAUUAUAAAUUUAGCAUACUACACUUGAAAAUUUAAUCUUGUUUGGCAUCAAAGCAAAGGCAGAUACUACAGAAUUAAGCAAGCCUAAUCAAAGAAGAAAAGUAAGAUGCACACCAUCAUUUUUCAGGAUGUUUUGCUAAGGGUUGACUUCUCGUGGGAAAAGAAGUGUUCUCUGACAAAAAUGCACACAAACUUAUGUUUCUAAAAAAACAAAACCAAAUCGGAGCAAACUGUGUGACUUGGAAUCACCUCACAAAUUCGGAUAGAAGCAUUUCCACUACCUUGCAAGUUGUUACUAUUUAAAGGACGACCACAUAAAUCCAAUACCCCGUGCACGAGAUAAUCACUGCAUCAGAUUUUUAUGCAUAUCCUGUGCGCAGCUCAGCAUUCAAGCUGCAUUUUUUGAAUAUGUUGUGACUAAUUUAUGCCAAGUUUUCAUCAACCUAGCAUUUUUCAUUUUUCAAUUGACAUACAAAGUUCUGUAAUUUGUGUGCUCAGUAUGUUAAUAUCCUGAGAUAGGAAGAGAAAAUCCAAUGCAUCACGAUAACAAAAAUAAACUGCCAGGGAACCUCGGUAGAAGUGAGAGGUCAGGAAAACAAGCACAACCCCAUGAAUGGCUAGUGUUAGGAUUUGCGUGGGUCAUGCAUAAUGCACACGUCCAUAUCAUGAGAUGAUUUUGGUCAUUCUUUUUUAAUCAACUCACUCACCAUCUGCUCUUCAGUUUCCCUCCAAAAGUUCAAGGCAUGCUCUGUUAAUAAGUGGUUUUCACACUUUGCUGCAAAUUGGAAUCACCUGCUGAUCUUUAAAAACUGUAGAGGCAUGACUCCUACCCUGCACACUCUGAUUUCUUGGCGUGGGGCUCCACGUAAGCAUCAGGAGACUUCUCGAAGCUCUCCAGCAGAUUCUAACGUGCAGCCAAAUUUGGCAAACAGCUGACAAGGCUUUUCUGCCUCAGUUUUCUCUGAAUUGGUCUGAAGAGAUGCCGAUGUCCUCUCUCACACAUAGUUUUUUAAAAAAAUGCUUUUCCAUCUUGCUGUUGAUUUCAGGCACACAGCUCCUUGAUCUGCUGUCUUCUGAGAAGGAUCACAGCACAGUGCUCCCUGCUUCCGGCAAACCCGCUUACAGCCUCUCGUCUGCUCUCGACUUCUUUCUCAUUUUCCCUUUAUACUCUUUCAUCCCCAAACUACUACAGAUCAGCUGUAAUCCUCUGAGUUUCCAGUCCUUAUCCAAUUUCCUAUCUUUAGCUAUCUUUGGUACCUCAUUGCCAGAUUAAGCAUGAAAAGGUUUCCUUAGCAGUGUUACCCAUUUCUUUCUCGUUAUCCGAAAACCCACAGGCAGGCUCUACUCCUUUCUUCAAUCUUCACCCAAGAACAAAGUCAAGACUCUUAGCGAUUUUUUUGGCUCAUUAAAGUGAACUUCUCUGUUCCAGACUGUAGUUUUCUGUCUCAUCCCAAAUGCUCAUUGUUUUCUUGCACAAAACACUACUGUCAGACUUCUUGUCAUUUCCCUUGCUCAUUAUGAACACCUUACCCGUGUGUUUCUUAAACACAUCCUAUCCAAUUUGUCUCCCUAUUCUCUUUCCCAGAGCCUCCUUCGGUUCCAAGUUAACCUCAGAAUUUUAGAUCUGGAGGAGUGUCUGCUUUGGGAAUUGAUAGAAAUACUUCCUAAAUGCUUGUAUACCAAAUGGAGGCAUACAGAGGACUGUUCCACGACAGAAAUGACCAAGAGCCUCUCUAGAUUUCCUAGAGCUACUGUAAGCCUUAGAAAUGCAAUUGUUCCUCACCCCUGUUCUUCCUUUCCUCAACACAUUUCAUCCAGAUUCACACAGCCGACAUUGAGCUGGGAUCACCCAAAGGGGCAGGAAGGGCUACAUUGAACGGAGAGUUAUAUACAUCUAUGUCUGGACGAGGGGACUUGACCCGAAGCUGUAGCAACCCAGCCGCUAUAGUCACACUGUUCUGUCUUCAGGAUGUUUCCCAUGGCCAAAAAUGCUCUAAGUCAUCUCCAACUUCAAAGCAUUCAGCAAACAAUGGCAAGGCAGAGCAGCCAGAAGCGGACACCUGAUUUCCAUGACAAAUAUGGUAAUGCUGUAUUCACUUAUGGAGCCACUUUCUGUGCUGCUGUAUGUGCAUAUACAGCAACACACAUUGGAAUAGAAUGGAACCUGUCCCCUGUUAGCAGAGGCACCCCAAAGGAAUGGAGAGACCAGUAAUCAGCCCAGCUGGUAUAACACUAAAUUAUUUGAAAACCAAUUCAGAAUUGAUUUCAACUAGAAGCACUGUGCACCCUUUAAAAUAGGGCAUGAUUGAAGAAAUAAAGUACAUUCGGAACCUUAAAAUAUAUAUGUGUGUACAUCUAAGUCUGUGUUCUAGUCUUUGUCAGAUUAUGCAAAUUAUACAUUAUUUGAAAAACUGUAGAAGGCAGGGGUACCUUUUUGCCUUCCACCUAAGGGCCUAUUUCCCAUAAGAGCUGAGUUUUGUAAAAUCCAUCACUACCCCGUUUCUGUCCCCCACCACUGCCGCCCACCAUUUCCCUCUCAUCCGAUGCUAUACUCAGCUUCUUCCUGGGCUCCUUCUUCCCUUUCAUGUCUCCAUUACCCUCUUUCAAGUUCUACACUCUCAUUUAGCAGGUCGCCACCACCUCGUACUUCUUAACUCCCUCCUGUAAAUUUUCUUCUUGCCGUGAUACUUUUCUAUGAUAGUUUUUCAAAGAAGUCUUCUUUCAGAGGAAAAGAAACAACUUUUUUUUUUUUUUUUUUUUUUUUUUUUUUUAAAGUCCAAGAAUCUAUACCAGUGAGGAGAACCCUAUCUUCUUUCUGGAUGCACGGCGUUUCGAAGUUAUUCAAUGCACAUGAGUCAAAUGAUUAUGAAUGUCAAUCCCGGAGGUAGAAACAAGCUCAAAGUAACACCCCAGAAUAAUAAUGGCUCAAGAAUCAAUAGGCAAGAUUCGGUUGUCACAAAAUCACAGGGUGCUUUUUUUUUGUUUUCUUUUGUUUUGUUGGUUUUUUUGUUUUGUUUUGUUUUUUAAGUGAGUUCGAACGAUGAAUAUGAUUAUUUUUAACUUGUUCAUUUUAAAGGAUGUCAUUAGCAUGUAGAGUUGGGUAUUAAUCACAGCAUGGCUUCUCUGAGUUUGGACUUGGGAAGGGGAUAGAUUUGUUUCAAAUCCGGAUUGCACUUGUGCCUUCAGCAAGCAAUUUAACCUCUCGUGGUCUGUUUCCUCAUUGGUAACCUAGAGGUGUAUAUCAUAUCUCCUCUUCCGAGAGCUAAGUGAGAAAAGAUCUGUUAACCACGUUGCAGGACUGGGGCAUGGGAGGAGCUCCUGUAAUGGUUGUUGACCUGUUAUUGUUGAUGUACCUUAUGACACCUAUUACCAAGUAUCUAGGUGUUUUUCCUAUAUUUCUUGAACAGCUGUGAUAGGAUUCUUUUAUCAGACCAUCCCAGAUCCAUCCCUGGCUUUUAACAUAUCAACACAAAGAAAUUUUAUACUUUCUUACCCAUACUUCAGCAUUGUUCAGUAUUAGGUAUACUUUGCCCAUUUUUCACUUAAGAACAUUUUAAAUGGAAAAUAUUAAUACUCCAUACGCUUUCAAAAUAGUCUAUCUGUUAUCAGCCUCUAUAGCCACUAGAUGCCAAUACAAUGUUUAUCUGGGAAGUUUAAUAAAGACUCAUUAGUAUCCUAUUUAAUGAUUAAGUAAUGUAUUUCUUUUGCAAGAUAUGUUAAUAUCGAAGUGUUUCAGAACAUUUUGCUGUCAUAUUUAUGGAAGUCACUCCACCAACAAAUGAAAUGCUUUGCCUCAUCCAGUCAUAAAUAGUUGCUGAAUAGAAAGAGUUUUAAGCCUGAAUCAAAUUUAAAUUGCUAAGAAAAAUGUAUAUAGGCAGAAUAUAAUUGCCCUAAUUGGAUUUUCUCCAGGUACUUUACUUGCAGAAAGACAAUGAGAUCUUUAUUAUUCAUAACUGGAUAAGACCUACAUUUUAUAUUGCAUUUUAAAGGUAACGUCUUAACUUUUCAUAGUUACAAUAGUAAUUCUGAGGAAGAAAUACUAAUGUAUUUCUACAACCAUUUCCUUUGGGAUGUUGGCUAUUUUGCUAUUUGGCUAAAGAUCAUUUAAAUUCCUGUCAAAACUGAGCUUUGGAAGGCUUGAGUAUUUACUCUUCAAUCUUUAACCCUCAAAUUAGAGUCAACAACUUUUUUCUGAACAUACUAAAUAACUAUUAUUUUUUGAAACCUCUUACUGAUGUAGAAAAAUGUAAUUCAAAUCUCCUUUCCUUUGACAUUAGAGUGUCCUGACUUAUAUGUAAAUUAGAAAAAGAUCUCAAAACAAAUAAAAAAUGAAAAUCAGAUAAACAAAGAAGAAAAGAAAUCAUAUUAUCUUUAUCUGGGAACAUUAUUAGAUGUAUGCUUUUUCCCUCAGUCCCAAAUUUUUGUGUUUUUUCUUUCAAUCUGUCAUGUACCAUAUCUGCUCAUUUUAGGGGGAAAAAAAGGCUAACAAAAAACUUGGAGAUCUACUAACCUAAGACAGAUUUUGAGCCUGAUCUUUAGUCUCAAUAUUUUGUAUUGUGUAUCCUAGUAGUAUCCAACAUUGCUAACCCCCAACCUUAAGCAAAAUUGUAUUGUAAUAACAUUUUAAGACAGGAAAUGAUAUUUUAGGACAAUAUUAGGAAGUUUCUAUUUUUCCUUGCCUGUCUUUCCCCAUCUACACUGCAAGUUGGUAAUAUUUUAUGUAAGAUUAUAACUUAACGUAUUAAAUAUUAUACAAAGGAAGAAAGAGUAAAAACAGUAGGGAGAGAGGGAGGAAAGUGAGGUCAAGAGGUUCCAUCUGAGACCACUCAUUAAUUUCCCAACCAUUUUAUGAAAAUCCUCUUAACAAUGAGGAGCCCAGUGCCUGUUAUGUGAUGGAUCACAGUAAGCAGAGCAGACACAGGGAGAGUAGAGGAGGAGGGUAUGUGGGUGUGGAACAUACAGGGAGUGACGGAGGGAGCGGAGUGGUAGGCAGGAAAGAUUUGUGUUGGUUCAGAAUGUUCAAUUGACCUCAGUGCCCCAGAGUUUUGCCUGAGGUCUAAAAGGCAAGAAUAAAAAGUGGUACCCUGCUUUCAAGGGAGGGACUAGCCCCUUGUCCACCAUUGUAGGUACUAGGUACAUGAACCUAUGGAGCACUUGGAAUGUGACUAGUUGAACUGAGAUGUGCUGUAGGUAUAAAAUACAUACCAGCGUUCAAAGAUGUGGCUAGAAGAAAGAAUAUGAAUGAUCUCAUUAAUAUUUUUAUUAGUUAUGCAUUAAAAUACAAUUUUGGAUUUCUGUGGAUAAAUAAAAUGUUUUAGUAAACUUCACCUCAUUUCUUUCUUUUGGCUUUUUCACUAUGGCUACCAAAAGAUUUAAAAUUAUGUAAGUGGUUUGCACUGAGUUUGGAUUUGGGAAGGGGAUAGAUUUGUUUCAAACCCUGAUUGCACUUGUGCCUUCAGCAAGCAAUUUAACCUCUCGUGGUCUGUUUCCUCAUGGGUAACCUAGAGGUGUGUAUCAUAUCUCCUCUUCCAAGGACUAAGUGUUAACCACGUUGCAGGACUGGGACACGGGACGAGCUCUGUAAUGGUUGUUGACCCUGUAUUUCCACCGGGCACCAACGCAUGACACCACCCAGGAAGGCCUUUCUAACAGAUAACAAAAAUGAUUCUGUCAGCUUUUAGCUUUUACCAUCACUCACCUCCACCUUAACAUCAUAAAACUAAUUAGGAAAAGUGAAAAAUGCUUUGAAAAGGAAAAGUUAAGGCCUGUCAUCAGGAGUGACAUCGUGGCAUCUUCCUUCCAUGGAGCAAGGGCUGGACUUUCUCCCCACUUCAAGUCAAGCAAGGAACUUCAAAACAGAUCCAUUUGUUCCAAUCAAGAUGUAGAUCUGAAGAGGAGACCAACUCCUCACUCUAGGGUGCUGAAAUGUUUAAGCCACUCUUUCUCCUGGUACCUGGAACUGAAGGUGGUAAGAGGUCUCUUAGAAAAACCACCCAGGGGGCACCUGGGUGGCUCAGUGGGUUGAGUCUCUGCCUUCGGCUCAGGUCAUGAUCUCAGGGUCCGGGGAUCGAGCCCCACAUCGGGCUCUCUGCUCAGCAGGGAGCCUGCUUCCACAUUUCUCUCUUUGCCUGCCUCUCUGCCUCUCUCUGUCAAUAAAUAAAUAAAAUCUUGGAAAAAAAAAAAAAAAAAGAAAGAAAGAAAGAAAAGAAAAACCACCCAGUCUUCUUACAGUUGAAGGAAUUCAGAAGCUCAAUUAGUGAUGGGAGAAGGGAAAACGAAGAGGUAGAAGGAAGAGGCUAGGUUUCCUGUCCCUAGUAGAGGUCCUGGUGUGGGCAGACUUGAGUUAGGGAAGAGAAAGGAGUUCUGAAUUGGAUGUGAAAGAAACAUUUUGGCUUGCACAGUACUGUACUUUUUAAUAGCUGAAAGUGACAUGUCUAAUUCAUGUAAAAGCAAAAAAACCUAUGGAAUAUGUCUGAGUUCUGAAGCAGUAAAAGACCUAUUAUAUUUCUUAUCUGUCUCCCCAUUAGAAUUUAAGCUCCAAGAAGGCAGGGUUACUGUGUCUGUUCUGUUUUAUUUUCAUUUGCUUAACCUAAGGGACCUAAAAUAGUAUCUGGUCACAUAGUAGAUAUGCAAUAAAUAUGGGUUGAAUGGAUGAAUAAAUUGGAGAGAAAAUGCUUCCUUUUGUACUUAUAGAGUUUUGCACAUUCAAUAAACUCAACACUUGGGCUAAGAAGCAAUGCCUGUGUCAUUUAAUGAGCAUGAAGUUGCUGGUGGAUAAGGGGAGGGAUUGCUGGUCAGUUCAGCAAGUGCAGUCCAUUUCAGAAAUUACAGAGAAUAGUCAAAUCACUGCAUGAUGCUCUAUCAAGAACUCUUGUAAAUUUUCCUUACCAACACUCUCACAUUAAGGCUGGUGGUGCUUAAAAUAUUUCCAGUGUUUUAGAGUUAUUGAACUUCUUUCAGUCAGUAAGAUCCCUUGUGAAAUUUCUUCUAUCAUUCAUGGCCAAUUACCUUUGUUUUUUCAAUUACUGGUCAUUUUGUUUGAGAUUGAGUUUUGAGUAUGAUGAACACUUUUCAUCAUUAUUUUAUGUAGAUUCAAGGAACAGUGAGAAAGAUUGUAACUUUGACGAAGAUAGAUGCUGCCACCUGCACGCUUCCUAACCUUCUCUAACAAAGCACCUUGUUAGAUAGUAUGUGAUUGCUGCCCUGAGGACCAGGGCCUUAAAGCAAUCAGCAUCAGCGUGCUGGGCUCUUAGGUUUCUAAGACUUUAGUGCUCUAUUUCGUCCGUUUUCUGGAACUCAUGGACAUCAGUUUUUGUACUUCAAAGUCAAUAAGGGUAUGAUAAAACUCUAAACUUCUAGUUGAAAAAAGUUUGUGCCUGAACAGUUUUGAAAAAUAUAUUUAUGGGCAUAAAAAUAUACUCAUAUUCUAUUCACAGCUAUUAUAUCUCAAAGUAUACCAAAAAUGGUGACGAUUGUUUUACCUGGGUGUGGGUACUUAGCUAAAAAUACGUGUGCACAGUCAGCCCCUACCUCAAGCUCAGGUUGACCAUCACAGUUUCCAUGACUUUGGUCCAUGUCCUGAUACCGCUUUCCCUUUCUUCCUUGCCCGACAACUUUGUUCAAAGGCCACAACUUGCCUUUAAGCUAUAUAGAUGAGAUCUUUCUCCAAAGAUUUUAAAAGCAUUUAUGCAUAUUUUAAAGUAUUUUAUGAAAGAGAAUUAGGAUUCUCUAUUUUUCUAUUUCUUGAAAUAAAAAUUUGACCAAUUUUAGUCCAAUUGCUGUCCUCAUAGACGGUGGGAAAAGAAUGUUGUAAUCUUUAAUAAUUUCAGAAAUGAUUUCGUCUUUCUUAAGGAGAAAAAUGAGAGGGAGCUGUCACACUGGAAAGGAUAAGCUAUGAGAGGAGUUGGGCAGAGUAGUACAGAAGACAAGGACAACAGUACAGGGAUAAAGAUGGGAGCAAGGAGAUCAAAUAGAAAAGGAGCCAGCUAUAAGGAUAUCAAAUUGUUGUCAACUCAAGCAUCGACUUAGACUCAGAGUGACUUUCCUGGAGCCAGUUGUUUUGAAAAUUUUUAAGGCUAUUAUAAGCUGUGGGCGCCUGGGUGGCUCAGUGGGUUAAGCCGCUGCCUUCGGCUCAGGUCAUGAUCUCAGGGUCCUGGGAUCGAGUCCCGCAUCAGGCUCUCUGCCCAGCAGGGGGCCUGCUUCCCUUCCUUCCUCUCCCUCUGCCUGCCUCUCUGCCUACUUGUGAUCUCUGUCUGUCAAAUAAAUAAAUAAAAUCUUAAAAAAAAAAAAAGGCUAUUCCAAGCUGUGUAGAAAAGAGAGUCUUGAUCACAGUGCAGGAAGGGGGAGUUGGGUCACAAAAUCCAUGUACUUCCAGACUCACCACCAAUAUCAAAGAACCCUAAGAACUAGUUCCAAAUUUACUUUUUCCAUUGAAAAAAGAAAACUCUUCCUACUAGACAUUUAAAUUUAAAACAAAUCUAUGGUUUGGAAAGAACAUUAAAAAAAAAAAAAAGAUGAAGGAGGAGAAGGAGAAGAAGAGGAAGAAAAAAGGAGGAGAAUAAAAUCACGUGACGGUUUCAGAUGAGUUCACAUCUCUGAGGUCUCCAUCAUUAUACUUUAAAGUACUGAGAAAGCUUGAAUAGAUGGGCCACUGAAAGAAGGAAAGAAAGAAAGAGAGAGAGAGAAAGAGAGAAAGGGAGGCAGGAGGAAAGGAAUAAAAAAAGAGGGAGAGAGAGAAGCAGGGAUGGGAGGAGAGAGAGAGAGGAAGGAAGGAAGGAAGAAUGAAUUAUGGAGGUACAAAAAGUGCUAUGAAUCUAGCUAUAAGGCAAAUAUUCUUUCAGUGCUCAAAAAGAGGAGAAAAAGAUGAAUUGCAUUUAGCAGGGAAAACAAUGCCCUUUCUCUUCUCCAAAGUGAAAACCUCCACCUGUGCUCCCUCUUGUCAUGCCAAGAGCCUUCCUUCUUCUCUAACUAAGCAAAUUUAAUGAAAGAAUAGUAUGCUCAGCUACCUUCCCUUUUUCAUCUUCUAGGACCUCUUAAUUCCUUAUAAUGGAUUUCAUUUCAUUCCACUGGAAUCUCACAAAAUUCUUACAUAAAGAAUUGCUAAGUGUCCGGUUUGUAGCACAUCAUUAAAUAUCUUUCAUUACACUUGCUUUCAGAUAACAUUGUGUUACUUUAAUGUACAAGACCAUAUGUUUGCCUGUAGUCACCUUGUGUCUUUCUCAAGCUCCUCAUCUGGCCCCUCCUGUUCUGACUAUAAGUAUUUUCUUAGAUUCCAUCCUCAUUUCAGACACUAUAUGUUCAUGACAACCAUGAAUUAAACCAUAUUUUUAUCUCACGAAUACUCAAGUCUACCUGCUUAGUCCAGACCACCUAAAUGUUGAUGUUGUGUUCCAGCUGCCCACUAGAAAGAUCCAUGGUUGUCCGUACAUACUUCAGUUCAACUUGUCCAAAAUCAAAUAUAUCUUUUGUGUUCACAGACCUGCUUUUCCUUUGUUCUCUUGAUUGGUUGACCAUUCCUGGUGAACUACUCUUGAACCGAUACUCAAUACCCACUGUGCAUUUUGCUAAGGUUUACUUGUGAUGUAUCAUAGAAGAGGCAUGACAACCCUCUGAGAGGGAUUAUGAUAACCAUUUUACAGAUGGGGAUAUGGAGGCACUAGUUGGGUAAGGAACUUGCGUGAGAAAAUACUAGGUGAUUAUUAGGUUGUAGUGUCAGAAUCCCUACCAACAAUUACUAUCUUGAGGCACAAUAACAUUGUGUGACCCUGAAGGAAACGUGUAUGAGGAGAGGUGGGUUUACUCUGUUUCUACAGAGGGCAGAACUGGAACAAUGAACAGAAACUACAUGAAUAAGGACUUCAACCAAUUUAUCAAAGAACUUCUUUAAAAGUGGUAUUACAACACAGAGAAAAAAGUUUGUAGGCAAAAUAAUGGCUCCAGAUUUAGCACUAUGGGGGGGAAAAGUGUUUGGGACAGAGAAUAACUUUAGAUCACACUCACUCCUAAAAUUCACUAUAAAAUAAUGUUUCCUCCCUCCUUUGGAUAAUAGAUUCAAUAGUCUGCUUACUAGUCACAUGAAAAACUAAACAGAUGCCCAUGAACAUUUAAUAGAUACAGUGAAUAUUGGAUAAUCAAUGUACUGUGGACUCAACAAUCUUAAUCAUUUUAAAUAGGAAAAAAAGUGAUUUUUUUCCUUUCUUAUUUCAGUGGUUCAGCUGCUUUAGUUUAUGUCAUGCUCUCUGUCUUUGAAAAGCAGCUUCCACAGGCUGCUGCAAGUAUUUCUAAAUGCUCCUGCCCUAUAACGUAGCUCUGGUUGCAGCAUCGCCACGCUGUGUGGUUUCAACAGGAAGAGGGCCAAGCGGGGUGAAUGGAACAACUCUGAAACUGCUGGGAAAUUGAAGAGAACAUUCCUUGUGUGUUUGGGUAUGAUUCCUGCCCCCACCCCCCCAGGUGCAGUAUAUCUGCAUUUUAUGUAGUUUGGGGUUUCAUUUGUUUGUUUGUGCUUUUUCAAGACUUUAAUCUAGUUUUUAUUGUUUUACUCUCUGCUGGCAGCAAGGGUCUGUGCUUAACACUUCGGAUCACGUGAUCGUUGUUACUCAGGAGAGUAGAUAAAUAGGGGGAGGGGCGAGAGGAGUCAUCAUCGUCUCCAACGAAAACCAUAGUGGGGUAAAAUAAUGAAAGGUGAGGUGCCGUAAGAAAAAUGCCGAAAUUCACGCGUGGUUCCCAUGGCGCGGCAGGCCCGGCGGGAUGCCCAAGGCUCUGGCUGAGUCCGCGGAGGCCACUGGCAGGUGCCUACAAUAAGACUGUUCAUCCCCUUUAAUUAGCACCUCAUCACUUACACCAGCUUGGUGUCACCCAGCUGGCUAGAGCACGACGACACCUCCAGCUUGAACUGGGCUCCAUUCCAUUUUCUUGGGGCUGAUGGAGACAUGUGGUGCUUUCUUCAAGUGCAGCUGGUGCUGGCACUUUCAUUGUAAAUUUAAAUCUCUGUUUGGAAAAAGGUGAUAAGAACAGUUUGUUUCAAGUCCCUGGUGUUUAAGCCUUAAGCAAUUCCCAGCAAAUACAUUCAAGGCUCCUUCUGGUUUGAUCGGCUACAAUUUGUAGUCUUACUAAUAGUAGCAAUGUUCCCAUACUCCUUAAUGAUAUGCACCUCAAAGGAAGGCUCUACACAGCCAUCGCUGUCUCUGUGGUUCAAAGUUUGUGCUGAUCGCUUUUAGCAUUUUUGAUGGUUCUUGUUGAUCAGUGCAAGUUAUGAGAAAAAUGCUGGCAUCUACAUGCAUUUAUUGGAGAUUCUUUUUCUUGUUUCUAUGGGACAAAAAUGGGAGGCUUUCUAGAUGCUCUCCAUUUCAUUGCAGUGCUUCCUAAAUAACACAGGUGCUAAUAUCCAAGACUGCACAAUGAGCAUGUAAGAACUUUUGGUCUUCUAUUUUUCUGAACACUAUUGUGCCAUCAUUCUUCAACUCAUGUCUUAUAAAUUAUCUUGAUAUGUAUUGCACUUGAAAGUUAUUACAUAAAUAGCAUUUUUAUCUAUUUUAUAAUCAGCCUGUAUGUCUCUUGGCUUUGGUCCCCAAGACAAAAAUAUUUGUCUUUUCUUUAAUUUCUUUGAAAACCUUUUUGUAUGCUCUUGAGGUAUCAGGUAAUAACUGAACUUUGGA